ACGGUUUAAGGACGCAUAACACGGGUCUCCUUUGGUAAAGAUAUUUGAUACGUGUUGCAUUUGGGUGUCGUGCGGCCAUAAAAGAGCACUAAAUCAACGAAACACUCAAGUAAAACCCAACUGUCUGACAUUUAAAAUCAGGCAUUAUCUCAGGGUAGCUGUGCGGUGCGGCAAGACCCGAUCGUCGCUCGUCGGCUCCUAGCGAAUAACAGUCGAGCAACCGGCGGCGCGCAGACUUCCAGCGGGGGAAACCGACGAGAGCCUCAUCACUCAGAACACCACUGAUUAAGGCUACCUCCGAGCGGUGGGAGCUGGAUCGCGUUCCGUUCUGGGAGUUUGCUGAUAGUUUACUCCUGUGGGAUUGGGAUAAUUCACCGCUUGACUUCUACGUUCCUUGGUUAUGAAAUACAAACGCGGAGCGAACUCAGGCCAGGCCGGGCCUGCGGAGGACUAGCUUAGCCCCGCUAGCCGCUCUGCCCAGCGCUCUAGUGUUGUGCUCACUGGGUCACUGUGCUAGCCAGCUAGUGUUGUCGCUAGCGCCAACCGAUAAGAUAAACUGGACUGCUAGCUUGUUUUGGUGUGGACCCUUGGAGAAGAAAGAGGAACGUAUUGAAGUACAUAUCACUGAAGCCCUUUGCCUAACUUUCUGGAAGGAAUACGCAACGAAAUCGGAUUUUAAAAGUUAAAGACUCGCUAGCUUACUUUGUUGGUGAGCUAGCUGCCAGUGAUAAAUCAAAGUUCUGCUUUGGGGGAACAGUUCUUGAACCGAUUUUGCUUUUGACAGCGGACAGUUUGACUUGGAUGUUGUCGGCCAGACAGGAAUAAGUGUCGAACCUACCCCUUUGGAGCCGAUUGUCCACACGUACACCAGCGAGUGUGCAGCCAGUCUUUCAGUCUACUGUUACGGCUGGGCGCUAGGGCUGCCCGCACGGCUCUCCUUGCCCAAUGGAGGACCAUGACAACAUGGACUAUUUUUACCAGCAGGUAGUUCAGAAGGACGUUUCCCGAAGGAUACAGGUCGGCCAGGACCUUAUCAACUACCUGAAUGAUCCCGAACGCUCACCGGACGUGGAGCAAGAUAAACCCCGAUUGGAUAAGACCAUAGACGAGCUAACGGGAUGGGUGAACGCAAGCAAUUUCAAGGUGGUGCUGUUGGGUAUCGACAUAUGCGGGGCUUUUGUGGACCGCAUGGGCGAGCGCUUCAAAGGCUACCUGGGAACAGUGGUGCCAGCGCUGGUUGACCGGCUUGGAGACUCUAAGGACCAGGUUAGGGAGAACAGCCAGACGCUCAUCCUUCGCUGUAUGGAGCAGACGGCCUCGCCCAUGUACGUGUGGGAGCGGCUAAUUCCCGGGUUCAAGCACAAGAACUUCCGCAGUCGAGAAGGAGUCUGCUUGUGUCUCUGCGCCACCCUCAGCAAUUAUGGGGCCCAAUCACUGAGCCUCAGUAAACUUGUCCCCCAUCUCUGCACUCUGACAGGAGAUCAGAACCCACAGGUGCGCGAAGCCUCCAUCACAGCUCUGGUGGACGUGUACCGCUACGUUGGCGAGCGCGUCCGAGCAGACCUGAGCAAGAGAGGGCUCCCUGCGGCACGGCUCCAGACGUUAUUAGGCCGUUUUGAUGACGCGUUGAACUCGGGCAACAUGGCGCUCAGCCCAAGUCAUGACCGGAGCUUCGAGGAUGACGACAGCGUGGACGGGAACCGGCCGUCCUCGGCGGCCUUCAAGGUGCCCAAAGUCCCCAAGAAGCCUGCAGAGUCUGCAGCCGCCCGUCGGCCCAGCGCCACCGGCUCCAAGCUGGCGGCCAAGGAAGGAGGAGCCGGGGCCAUCGACGAGGAGGACUUCAUCAAGGCCUUCACAGAUGUCCCCCAAGUGCAGAUCUACUCGGCCAGGGACCUGGAGGACAACCUGAACAAGAUCCGCGAGAUCUGCUCCGACGACAAACACGACUGGGACCAGAGGGCCGCUGCUAUGAAGAAGGUGCGCUCUCUGCUGGUGGCCGGUGCCGCCGACUACGACUGCUUCUACCAGCACCUGCGUCUGCUGGACGGGGCCUUCAAGCUGUCCGCCAAGGACCUGCGCUCACAGGUGGUGCGCGAGGCCUGCAUCACCGUGGCCAACUUGUCGAUGGUGCUGGGGAACAAGUUUGACCAUGGAGCGGAGGCCAUCGUGCCCAUCCUUUUCAACCUCAUCCCCAACUGUGCCAAAGUCAUGGCCACGUCCGGGGUGUUCGCCAUCCGCUUCAUCAUACGCCACACUCACGUUCCCAGGCUCAUACCCCUCAUCACUAGUAACUGUACGUGCAAGUCUGUGGCAGUCCGAAGGCGCUGCUUUGAUUUCCUGGACCUGCUGCUACAGGAGUGGCAGACCCACUCUCUGGAGAGACACACAGCGGUUCUCGUCGACAGUAUCAAGAAGGGACUGGGUGAUGCAGACUCUGAGGCUAGAGUUGAAGCUCGCAAGGCCUACUGGGGUCUGAGGAACCACUUCCCGUCAGAGACCGACGCCCUGUUCAACUCCCUGGAGCCGUCGUACCAGCGCACCCUGCAGUCCUGCCUGCGCAGCUCCGGCAGCGUGGCCUCCCUGCCCCAGAGCGACCGCUCCUCCUCCUCCUCCCAGGAGAGCCUCAAUCGCCCUCUAACCUCCAAAUGGUCAGCCGCCCCGGGGAGAGUCCGCGUGGGGUCAAAGCCUGGCCUGUCGCCGGCCUCCCUGCAGCGUUCCCGUAGCGACGUGGAUGUGCACGCGGCCGCGGUCGCUAAGCACCGGAGCUUGGGCCAGGCCCGGGCGGCGGGCAGACUGACCCCCGGCUCCUAUUCAUCACUUGAUGAUGCCUCUGAUAAACCGGAUGGGACCAGAUCAGACAAUGGCCGCUUGAGGACCAAGCAGCCUCUGUCCACCCCCAGCGCCGCCACCAUCAGCAGCCAGGUGGACUCCCGGGGCCGCACCCGCACCAAGAUGGUGUCCCAGUCCCAACGUUCUGACGAAUCGGAUUGCACGCCAGGAUCUCAGUCUGCUACCCCCAUUGGUGCCGGCAGUCGCAGCGGAUCCCCCGGACGCGUGCUGACCACGACGGCUCUCAGCACCAUGAGCUCCGGGGCCCAGAGGGUCCUGGCCGGGACCGGCGGGGCCACGGCCCCCGGACACAGACGCAGCCGCAUCCCCCGGAGCCAAGGCUGUUCCAGGGACUCCUCCCCCACCCGGCUGUCUGUUGCUCCCUCCAGCAUUAGUUCCAUCUACAACGGAGCCAGCAGAGGAGCUCGAGGCAGUCGUAUCCCCCGGCCCAGUAUGAGUCAGGGCUGCAGCCGGGAGGCCAGCAGGGAGAGCAGCCGUGACACCAGCCCCAUUCGCUCCUUCACACCCCUGGCAGCACGGAGCUAUUCUCGCUCCACAGGGGCUCUCCACACACCUGAUACUUUUGGGGCUGCAGGGACGACAGGGUACAGCAUUAGUCAGUCCAGUCGCUUGUCGUCUUCGGUCAGCGCCAUGAGGGUCCUGAACCAGGGCUCCGACAUCGAGGAGGCGGUCGCAGACGCCCUGCUGUUGGGAGACAUGCGCUCUAAGAAGAAGCCUGCGCGGCGGCGCUAUGAGAACUACAGCAUGUACUCUGACGACGACGCCAACAGCGACGCCUCCAGCGCCUGCUCGGAGCGCUCCUACAGCUCCCGCAACGGGGGGGCCAUCCCCACCUACAUGAGGCAGACGGAGGACGUGGCCGAGGUGCUGAAUCGCUGUGCCAGUGCCAACUGGUCCGAGAGGAAGGAGGGACUGCUGGGACUGCAAGCCCUGCUCAAGAACCAGCGCACUCUCAGUCGAGUGGAGCUGAAAAGGUUGUGUGAAAUCUUCACCAGAAUGUUUGCAGACCCACAUAGUAAGAGAGUGUUCAGCAUGUUCCUGGAGACCCUGGUGGACUUCAUCCUGGUCCACAAGGAGGACCUGCAGGACUGGCUCUUCGUCCUGCUCACCCAGCUGCUGAAGAAGAUGGGCGCCGACCUGCUGGGCUCCGUCCAGGCCAAGGUCCAGCGGGCCCUGGACGUCACGCGCGAGUCUUUCCCCAACGACCUGCAGUUCACCAUCCUCAUGAGGUUCACCGUGGACCAGACGCAGACCCCUAACCUGAAGGUGAAGGUGGCCAUCCUGAAGUACAUUGAGACGCUGACCCUGCAGAUGGAGGCGCCGGACUUCGUGAACCUCAGCGAGACACGCCUGGCAGUCUCCCGCAUCAUCACCUGGACCACGGAGCCCAAGAGCUCCGAAGUCCGGAAGGUACCCAUCAUCAUCAUCAUCAUCAUCAACAUCUUAUUAAUGCAUUUUAUUCAUAUUGCACUUUUCCAGAGCGGAAAAGCUGAUGCAUUGUGUGUGUGUGUGUGUGUGUGUGCGUGGCAGGCGGCCCAGGCGGUGCUGAUCUCCCUGUUCCAGCUCAACACCCCAGAGUUCACCAUGCUGCUGGCUGCGCUGCCCAAGACCUUCCAGGACGGAGCCACCAAGCUGCUGCAGAACCACCUGAGGAACACCGGGAACGCUGCCCAGGCCACCAUGGGCAGCCCCCUGACGCGCCACACCCCCCGCUCGCCGGCCAGCUGGACUAGCCCCCUCACCUCCCCCACCAACACCUCCCACCAGAACACGCCGUCGCCCAGCGCGUUCGACUACGACACGGAGAACAUGAACUCGGAGGACAUCUACAGCUCUCUGAAGGGCGUGACCGAUGCCAUCCAGAACUUCAGCGUGCGCAGCCAGGAGGACAUGAACGAGCCCGCCCGCCGGCGGGAGGGGGAGGAGCAGGGCGGCAGCGGACCAGAGGGCCGGCCGGGGGACGGGGUGGACGGCGGCCGCAUGGCGCUGGACAACAAGACGUCCCUCCUCAACACGCCCCUGCUCUCCAGCCCCCGGGGGGCCCGCGACCCAUUCUCCGACUCUCCCUUCAAACACAGCCUGAAGGACAGCAGCAUAGACGACUUGGAGCAGAGCACAGAUGACGGCAGCGGCUUGGACCAAUCGGAGCUGGUGGCGGAGCUGCUGAAGGAGCUGUCCAAUCACAACGAGCGUGUGGAGGAGCGGAAGGGGGCGCUGUGUGAGCUGCUCAGGCUGAUCCGCGAGAACACGCUGCAGGUGUGGGACGAACACUUCAAGACCAUCCUGCUGCUGCUGCUGGAGACGCUGGGAGACCGGGAGCAUGUGAUCCGUGCGCUGGCCCUGCGGGUGCUGAGGGAGAUCCUGUGCAAACAGCCGUGGAGGUUCAAGAACUACGCUGAGCUCACCAUCAUGAAGGCCCUGGAGGCUCACAAGGACCCCCACAAGGAGGUGGUGCGGGCGGCGGAGGAGACGGCGGCCAUGCUGGCCCUGUCCAUCAGCCCCGACCAGUGCGUCAAGGUGCUGUGUCCCAUCAUCCAGUCGGCCGAGUACCCCAUCAACCUGGCCGCCAUCAAGAUGCAGACCAAGGUGAUCGAGAGGGUGCCCCCCGAGGGCCUGGGCGCCCUGCUGCCCGAGAUCGUCCCCGGACUGAUACUGGGUUACGACAACUCUGAGAGCAGCGUAAGGAAGUCGUGUGUGUUCUGCCUGGUGGCAAUCUACGCUGUCAUCGGAGAGGAGCUGAAACCACACCUCAGCCAGCUGUCCAGCAGCAAGCUCAAGUUGUUGAAUCUGUACAUCAAGCGCGCUCAGUCAGGCUCGGGCGGCGAGCCCUCCGCCGAGGGCCUAUAGAGGAGACGGCGCCCCCUGCAGGCCAACCGUAGGACUGCAACUCUGCCUGCUGAACAACAACAACAACAACAACUUGCACAUCCGUUCACAAACUCAGAGCCACACCACCAGACUGGAGAACGAGAACCACAACCUGACACACGUGCAGAGACAAAAAAGAUCCACCCGACAGACCCUCACCCAUCAUUUGAGUUGUUAUUCAGCCUCAAAUCUCUAUCUUCCAUUGAAACAUGGUGCGCACACACACCCACACUCUCACACACCCACACUCUCACACACCCACACACUCAAACCCACACUCACUCACACACCCACACACACUCACACCAACACACUCACACUCGCGCACUCACACUCACUCACACCCACACACACACACACCAAAACUACAAUGAUGUAGCCAAAACCCACCACCAGGAGUGGGACAUGGGCAUGGCUGUUACAUUUCUCCUGAAACUGCGCCAGCACCUGGGAGUGGUCUGUGUGUGUGUGUGCGUGUUUGUGUGUGCGUGUGUGUGUGUGUGUGUGUGUGUGUGUGUGUAUAUACACUCUCACUCUUUCAAAAGGUGCUGAUGAGCCGAAAGGUACGACCCCCGACCCAGCACAGCACAAGGCUCACGGUCAUAAGGGCCUUUGCAGGUCAUCCUCUGGGCAUCACAUAGAAGCAGAGUCCAGCGUAUAGGAGGCAUAAUGUGCUUGGCUAUGCAUGAGACUUUUUUUUUUUUUUUAAUUAACUUUUUAUCGAGAUAACAGCUAUAGACAGUACGUGUGUCGGGUGGGGGGUGGGAGGGGGGGGUUAAAUUAACAAUGUCCAGUCCUUUCAGAGAGCCCUGUUCGGUGGCCCAACCCCCGGCAUUCCUCCAGCUCCAGGAUUGGUCCACCGCUCGGCAGAAUGUAUGGCAUGAGAUGGUUGGGCGGAGCUGUUGACGGCAUUAAUUAUGGCAGGGGCGUGGCCUAUCGUUGCAUAGCGGAUAUGUGUCUACAUAUAUGACAUUAAAACGGAGCCUCUGAUAACUGUCAUUGAGUGGAGUUCCCAUCGGAGGAGGGGAGGUGCAUGUAGCGCACCGACAGCCAUCCUCAUUUUAUUUCUGUUUUUAUUUGUCUCGCUACCCUUGUGUUCCAUUCGUUCCCUCGUUUAUUUGAGUAACAUUCUAGGUUUCACCGUUGUUUCCCUUGUGCAUUUACAAAGCUGUGCUUACAAAUAAAGAACUUGUACAGACCGUGAA